UCGCCUCGGCUCCCUCCGCUCCGCUGCUCGCCACACAGACAUGGCCCGGCGCAGCGCCCUCUCCAUCCGCAUCGUGGAGGGUCGGAACCUGCCCGCCAAGGACAUCACSGGGAGCAGUGACCCGUACUGCAUCGUGAAGAUCGACGAUGAGGCCAUCAUCAGGACUGCCACGGUGUGGAAGACGCUGUCCCCGUUCUGGGGGGAGGAAUACGAGGUGCAGCUCCAGCCYGGGUUCCACAGCAUCUCCAUCUACGUCAUGGAUGAGGAUGCGCUCAGCCGUGAUGAYGUUAUUGGGAAGGUCUGCAUCACCCGGGCCAUGCUGGCAGAGCACCCCAAGGGAUACAAUGGCUGGGUGAGCCUCAGUGAGGUGGACCCCGAUGAGGAGGUGCAGGGGGAGAUCCACCUGCGCGUGGARGUCCUGGGCAGCCAGGGCGGCCGGCGGCUGCGCUGCUCCGUGCUGGAGGCCAGGGAUUUGGCCAGGAAGGACCGGAACGGUGCCUCUGACCCCUUUGUCCGCCUGCGCUACAACGGGAAGACACAGGAGAGCACCGUGGUCAAGAAAUCCUGUUACCCACGCUGGAAUGAGACCUUCGAGUUCGAGCUGGCCGAGCCUGCCGGGGAGAAGCUCUGUGUGGAGGUGUGGGACUGGGACCUCGUCGGCAGGAACGACUUCCUGGGCAAGGUGGUGUUCAGCGUGCAGGGGCUGGAAGCGGCCGGGCAGGAGGAGGGGUGGUUCAGGCUGUGGCCGGACAAGUGCAAGCCCAUAGAGGAUGAGCGCCGAGGCAGCCUGGGCUCGCUGCAGCUGCAGGUGAGGCUGCGGGAUGAGACGGUGCUGCCCUCACACUGCUACCAGCCCCUGGUGCAGCUCCUGUGCCACGAGGUGAAGUCGGGGCGCCAGGAUGGCCAAGUGCACCUGGUCACCCUCCUGGACGAAACCACCACGGCCGAGUGCCGGCAGGAGGUCGCUGUCAACUUGGUCAAACUCUUCCUGGGCCARGGGAUGGUCAAGGAGUUCUUGGACCUGCUCUUCGAGCUGGAGCUGGCCAAGCCUUGUGAACCAAACACUUUGUUCCGGAGCAACUCCCUGGCCUCGAAGUCGAUGGAGUCCUUCCUCAAGGUGACAGGGAUGCCAUACCUGCACUCUGUCCUGGGACCCAUCAUCGCCCGCGUGUUUGAGGAGAAGAAAUACGUGGAGCUGGACCCAGGCAAGGUGGAGAUCAAAGAUGUCGGGUGCUCGGGGCUGCACCGGGUGCAGACGGAGGGCGAGGUGAUCGAGCAGGGCCGCCAGCACCUCCAGUCCUACCUGGGCGAGCUCCUGGACGCCAUCGUGGGCUCGGCCCCGGCGUGUCCCCCCGUCAUCCGCGCCGCCUUCCGCCRGCUCUUCCAGCGCGUCGGGGAGCGCUUCCCGCAGCACCAGCACGCCAAAUUUGUGGCUGUCACCGGCUUCCUGUGCCUGCGCUUCUUCUCGCCGGCCGUCAUGACCCCCAAGCUGUUCCAGCUGCGSGACGCGCACGCAGAUGCCCGGACCAGCCGCACGCUGCUGCUGCUGGCCAAGGCCAUCCAGCUGGUCGGGAACAUGGAGCCGGCGGCCGGGCGCCCCAAGGAAACGUGGCUGUCGCCGCUGCUGCCCGCCCUGCAGCAGGGCAGCGCCCGCAUGAAGGACUUCAUCACCCGCCUGGUGGGCACGGAGGAGGASAGCGGCGAGCAGGAGGGCGAGGGGCGACCGCUGGGGCCACCCCCGGCCGUGGUGAAGGAGGGGCUGCUCCUUGUGCACAAGACGCGGGGCAAGGGGCCGCUGCUCGCCGCUGCUGCCGGCAAGAAACUCCACUUUUCCCUCACCGGGGAGUCCCUCAGCUUCGGCAAGAGCCCCAGCGCGGAGCGCAUCGGUGCCAUCGCUCUGGGUGACAUCCUGGCGGCCGAGAAGGUGGAGGAGAAAAGCUUCGGGAACUCGCACGUCAUGCAGGUGGUCUACAUGGACACGGGCGGGCAGCAGGAGACAGCCUACCUGCAGUGCAAGUGCGUCAACGAGCUGAACCAGUGGCUGUCCGCCCUGCGCAAGGUGUGCGGCAACAACCCCCGUGUGCUCCGCUCMUACCACCCCGGCGUCUUCCGCGGCGACAAGUGGAGCUGCUGCCACCAGCGGGACAGGACAGGACUGGGAUGUGACCGGACCCGGCACGGCGUCACCCUGCAGGACUGGAGUGACCCCCUGGACCCCACGGUGGAGGCUCAGCGCCUCUUCCACCACCUCCAGAGCCUCCGGGGGACCCUCAGGGAAAAGUACUGGGAGCUGCAGGAGYCUGAGGAUGCCCAGAACGGCCCCCGGGGUGAAGACGCCCCCCUGCCCGAGGGGCUGAGCCGGCUCUUCGGGGUGCUGGGGGACCUGGAGAGUUGUCACCGCCAGGCACAGCCCUCGGACCCCCCGACCCCGGCCCUGCUGCAGCUGCAGACGUGAGAGGCCCCUUGUCCCCCCGCGGGGUUUGGGUUCUCCCGUCUCGGGGACCACGUCGGUGACAAUAAAGGCACUUUG